GGGAGGGGGCGAGGCGAGCGCUGUCAGCGCGGUUAUAAGGGCAGGAAAAGUUGCCCGCGGAGAGCCGGGCAGGCGCACGCUCGUACGGCGGCCGCAGCGGCAGGGCGGGGCCGCGGAGCAGCGGGUGGCGGCGGAGGAAGUCCCGGAACGCGACCUCGCUCCCCUCGGGGUCUCGCUUGGGCCUCGGCGGGGUCCCGGGAUCGCCAGGACUUUUGCACGCAGCCAUGGGCGGCGUCGGGGAGCCCGGCGGGAGACCCGCGCAGCUGGGGGCGCCGCUGCCCACCUUCCGCUGGGAGCAGAUCCGCCCGCACAACCUGCCGGGCGACAAGUGGCUGGUCAUCGAGCGUCGCGUCUACGACAUCAGCCGCUGGGCACAGCGGCAUCCGGGGGGCAGCCGCCUCAUCGGUCACCACGGCGCGGAGGAUGCCACGGAUGCCUUCCACGCCUUCCACCAGGACCUCAGUUUUGUGCGCAAGUUCCUGCAGCCCCUGCUGAUUGGAGAGCUGGCCCCGGAGGAGCCCAGCCAGGAUGGACCUCAGAAUGCCCAGCUGGUCGAGGACUUCCGAGCCCUGCGCCAGGCAGUUGAGGACAUGAAACUCUUUGAGGCCGACCCCGUCUUCUUUGCUCUCCUGCUGGGCCACAUCCUGGCCAUGGAGGUCCUCGCCUGGCUUAUCAUCUACCUCCUCGGCCCCGGCUGGGUGCCCAGCACCCUCGCCGCCUUCAUCCUGGCCAUCUCCCAGGCCCAGAGCUGGUGUCUGCAACACGACCUGGGCCACAUCUCCAUCUUCAGGAAGUCCUGGUGGAACCACUUGGCCCAGCAGUUCGUGAUGGGGCAGCUGAAGGGUUUCUCUGCCCACUGGUGGAACUUCCGCCACUUCCAGCACCACGCCAAGCCCAACAUCUUCCACAAGGACCCAGACGUGACCGUGGCGCCUGUCUUCCUCCUGGGGGAGUCAUCCAUCGAGUACGGCCAGAAGAAGCGGAGAUACUUACCCUACAACCACCAGCACCUCUACUUCUUCCUGACCACCCCCAGCAUGGCGCCAAGGCCUCCCCCAGCCUCUCUCUGGUCGCUGCAGCCUGAGCAAACCCCCACCGCCAGGCCUUUGCCCCAGCCUGCCCCUUUGCCCGGGGUACCUUCUGGCUCAAAGGCAGACAAGCCUUGCCCAGAGCUUUCAAGUUCCUUCCUGCCAGAUUUCCCUUCGUGGCUCAGUGGAGAUGAAUGUGACUCAUAUCCCGAGGAUACAGUCGGCCCGCCUCUGCUCACGCUGGUGAACUUCGAAGUGGAAAAUCUGGCAUACAUGCUGGUGUGCCUGCAGUGGACGGACUUGCUCUGGGCUGCCAGCUUCUACAUCCGCUUCUUCUUAUCCUACAUCCCCCUGUAUGGCGUUCCCGGGGCGCUGCUCCUCUUCGUGGCUGUCAGGGUCCUGGAGAGCCACUGGUUCGUGUGGAUCACACAGAUGAACCACAUCCCCAAGGAGAUCGGCCACGAAAAGCACCGGGACUGGGCCAGCUCCCAGUUGGCAGCCACCUGCAAUGUGGAGCCCUCCCUCUUCAUCGACUGGUUCAGCGGACACCUCAACUUCCAGAUCGAGCACCACCUCUUCCCCACGAUGCCAAGGCACAACUACCGCAGGGUGGCCCCGCUGGUCAAGGCGUUGUGUGCCAAGCACGGCCUCAGCUACGAGGUGAAGCCCUUCCUCACCGCCCUGGUGGACAUCAUUAGGUCCCUGAAGAAGUCUGGCAACGUGUGGCUGGAAGCCUACCUCCACCAGUGAAGGCAGCACCCAGGACCCUGGCAGCCACCAAGCCGCCCGGAUGCUCCCCAGCUGCACCCCCCCACACACACCCCGGCACGCCCUCCCCUGUCUGCUCCACAGCCCUAAGGCCAGCGCCCUCAACCCAAGAGGCCCAGAGCUAGGGGGGUGGUGUAUACAGCCACGUGGUGAGCAUGGCAUGUUUUCCUAGAGCAAAAAAAAUAGGGGAAGAUGUUAUUUUUAUAUAAAAACAAACCCAGAUAUGUUAUGGA